AUGCUCAUGGACCUUAUAAAGCCCGUGGCAAUCAACCCUCAGAACAUCGCCAUCUCACAUGAAAUUGCCAAAGGAAGCUUCGGAAUGAUUUUCAGCGCCAAACUCAACGGCCGAAAUGUGGCGGUGAAGAGGAUCAGACGGGAUGAUGGCGUCGAUCUGGCGUGGAAGCUUCGGAACGCCUACCUCGAACUGAACAUCAUGAACCAGCUCUCCCAUCCAAACGUCUUACAGCUCUUCGGAGUCACCAUGCAGUUUUCGAGGGAUCGUCGCAGCAGCCUCAACUUUGGGAUUGUGAUGGAGCUGUGCAGCGACAGCCUGCAGAAGCACAUGCAGAAGAAGAGGCUGAGCCUGUACGACCGGAUGAAGUUUGGAGUCGAGAUCCUCCAAGGCGUCACUUACUUGCACUCCUCGGGCAUCAUCCACCGUGACCUCAGCACUCAGAACAUCCUGCUGAACCAGCAUGGCCGUGUCAAGAUUGCAGACUUCGGCUGCGCGAGGAAGGUGAACGACGACGGCGAGUACUUCUCCACGACCAUUUCGGGAAGUCCAGCGUACAUGGCGCCAGAGCAGAUGCACACCAGCCCCUUGACGACCAAGGUGGACGUGUGGGCCCUCGGAGUCAUACUGUGGGAGCUUGCUACCCAGAAGCUGCCGUGGGCGGACGAAGCGAUGAUGGAGAGUCCGACGCGAGUUGCAGACUUCGAGUACUGCAAGAGGAAGAUCGUCAAGUGCAGACUGCCGAGGCCGAUGUCGAGCGGGUUCGCUCCGAACCUGGCGGAGAGUUACUACAAGCUCAUCUGCUCCUGCCAUCACUUGAACGCCAUCAAUCGGUUCUCGUCGAAGCAGGUGUUGGAUGAGUUCCUGCAAAUCGUUGGAUCCGUGGAAGACAAGAAGUUCCAGGACAUGGCUCGUACUGCAAGCUUCAUGGACAAGCUCAUGAUCAAGGGCGGAGAAGGCAUCUCCCCGAGGUUUACCAAACUUGCGACCAAACUGUUCAACUUCUACACGGCCUACAACCCAGACAAGAUACCGGACAUUCCGAGCCUUGUGCAGGAGUACGAGAACAACGAGGACAAGCUGAACAAGAACUUGUACGCUCGUUACAAAGUUGAUCUCGACUCCUUCGAUCGUUUCGAGGGCUCACAAUCGACAUCCAAGAUCGCACCAUCCAUCGCCAGCAAUGCCGACACCUGGCGGAAUGGCUACGACUCGGUGCCCUCUAGUUCGGUCUCUACAGCAAACUACGAGCACUCAGGGCACACAUGCCACUGCAAAGAAGAAAUCUGGUUGGAAGAGAAAUCGAAGCUCAUUGAGGAGAACAACCAGCUGAGAGAAGAGAAGCGCAAGAUGCAAGACGAGCUGUUGUCUCAACGCAACGUCAUUACUUCUAUGAGAAAUGAGUUGCAAUAUCUCCGUCAGGCUCUCAAAUCCAUGAGAGCGUAA